GUCCGCGCCGGGCGUGCGGCGCUGCCAGCGAGGGGGGUUACGAGGCGGCGCCUGGGCUCGCCUCGCCUCCGCCCUCUGUGAGCUGUGUGAGAGAGGGAGAAAGCGACUGGGCGGGCGGGGUGCGGAGGCCGCUCCCGCCGUGGCCUCCCUCCCUGCUUCCCUGCGCUCGCCGCUGGGCGUGUGCCCGGCCCCGGUGCUGCGUGACCGCGCGGUACGGGCGGCGGCGUGUGGGUGCGGGGACUUGCCUUGUGUGGCGACGGAGGAACAACACCGCGGCAGACGCCGGGGCUGCGGGGAGGGCGCUGCCGCCGCCGCCGGUUGCCGAGAGAUGUGAGGGGGGAGUCCCCCCUGGGCCCUCCCCCCGGAGCCGCCUGCUCUCCCUCCCCCCCUCUUUCCCCUCACUCAUCCCCGCCCCGCCAUGCCGGACCAGAUCUCCGUGUCGGAAUUCGUGUCCGAGACCAAUGAGGAUUACAAGUCACCCACCGCCUCCAACUUCACCACCCGGAUGGCCCAGUGCAGGAACACGGUGGCGGCCAUCGAGGAGGCCCUGGAUGUUGACAGGACUGUCCUCUACAAGAUGAAGAAGUCUGUCAAAGCCAUAAACAUAUCUGGUCUGGCCCACGUGGAAAAUGAGGAGCAGUACACACAGGCACUGGAGAAGUUCGGAGGCAACUGCGUCUGCAGGGAUGACCCUGACCUGGGGACAGCCUUCCUCAAGUUCUCUGUGUUCACAAAGGAGCUAACUGCACUCUUCAAGAACCUGAUUCAGAACAUGAACAACAUCAUCACUUUUCCACUGGACAGUUUGCUGAAGGGAGAUCUGAAGGGAGUGAAAGGGGACCUGAAGAAGCCCUUUGAUAAAGCCUGGAAGGACUACGAGACGAAAGUCACAAAGAUAGAGAAGGAGAAAAAAGAGCAUGCAAAGCUGCAUGGCAUGAUCCGCACUGAGAUCAGCGGAGCCGAAAUUGCCGAGGAGAUGGAGAAGGAGAGGAGGUUCUUCCAGCUGCAGAUGUGUGAGUACCUGCUGAAAGUCAAUGAAAUCAAGAUAAAGAAAGGAGUGGACUUGCUCCAGAACUUGAUCAAGUAUUUCCAUGCUCAGUGCAAUUUCUUUCAGGAUGGGCUGAAAGCAGUGGAAAGCCUCAAGCCUUCCAUCGAGACGCUCUCCACAGACCUUUACACAAUUAAACAAGCACAGGAUGAGGAAAGGAGGCAAUUAACACAGCUCAGAGACAUUUUGAAGUCAGCACUCCAGGUUGAUCAGAAAGAGGACUCCCAGCUCCGCCAGAGCACAGCUUACAGCUUACACCAGCCUCAAGGAAACAAGGAGCAUGGCACUGAGAGGAGUGGCAGCCUCUACAAGAAGAGUGAUGGAAUCAGAAAAGUGUGGCAGAAGAGGAAGUGCUCAGUUAAAAAUGGUUUUCUUACCAUUUCCCAUGGUACAGCCAACCGACCCCCGGCAAAGCUCAACCUCCUGACCUGCCAAGUGAAGACCAACCCCGAGGAGAAGAAGUGUUUUGACCUCAUAUCACACGACAGGACCUACCACUUCCAGGCAGAGGAUGAGCAGGAGUGUCAAAUAUGGACAUCUGUGCUACAAAACAGCAAAGAGGAAGCUUUAAAUAAUGCAUUCAAAGGAGAUGAUAACACAGGAGAAAAUAAUAUUGUCCAGGAACUGACAAAAGAAAUUAUAUCUGAAGUCCAGAGGAUGACUGGAAAUGAUGUGUGUUGUGACUGUGGAGCACAAGAUCCUACCUGGCUUUCAACCAAUUUGGGAAUUCUAACUUGCAUUGAGUGCUCAGGAAUCCAUAGAGAGCUUGGUGUUCACUACUCCAGAAUGCAGUCACUCACGUUAGAUGUGCUGGGAACAUCUGAACUUCUGCUUGCAAAGAACAUUGGGAAUGCUGGGUUUAAUGAGAUCAUGGAAUUCUGCCUGCCAGCUGAUGAGGUGGUCAAGCCUAAUCCCAGCAGUGAUAUGAAUGCCAGGAAAGAUUACAUCACUGCCAAGUACAUUGAGAGGAAGUAUGCCAGGAAGAAACAGACUGACAGUGCAGCAAAGCUGCAUGCCCUGUGUGAGGCAGUCAAGUCGAGAGACAUCCUGGGCUUAGUCCAAGUCUAUGCUGAUGGUGUGGACCUCACCGAGAAGAUUCCCCUGGCCAAUGGCCACGAGCAAGAUGAGACAGCUCUGCACCUUGCUGUGAGGUCAGUCGACAGAACCUCCCUUCACAUCGUUGACUUCUUAGUGCAGAACAGUGGCAACCUGGACAAGCAGACAUGCAAAGGCAGCACAGCCCUGCACUACUGCUGCCUGACAGACAACGUGGAGUGCCUCAAGCUGCUGCUCAGAGGGAAGGCCUCUAUUGAAAUAGCCAAUGAAGCAGGAGAGACUCCACUGGACAUAGCCAAACGUUUAAAGCACACUCACUGUGAAGAGCUGCUGACUCAGGCACUGUCUGGAAGAUUCAAUUCCCAUGUUCAUGUGGAGUAUGAGUGGCGCUUACUGCAUGAAGACCUGGAUGAGAGCGAUGAUGAUGUGGAUGAGAAGCUGCAGCAACCCAGCCCCAACCGCCGUGAGGACAGACCUGUCAGCUUCUACCAGCUGGGCUCCAGCCAGCUGCAGCCCAGCACAGCUUCCCUGGCCAGGGAUGCAGCCAGCAUGGCCAAGGAGAAGCAGAGAAGCUUCCUGCCCAGCCUGCUGCAGAACGAGACCUAUGGAGCCAUCCUCAGCGGCAGCCCUCCCGGCCAGCCUGCAGGCCCUGCCACGAGCACUGCUCCUCCUCUGCCUCCAAGGAACAUUGGCAAAGUUCAGCCUUCAGUUCUUGGCAGUGGUAUUCAGACAAUUUCUUCAUCUAAUGCAGUGUGGAAGACAAAUUCUUUAGGAGUGGAGAGUAUAAGCAGGCAGAGGUCCUCAUCAGAUCCUCCAGCUAUCCAUGCCCCCGUGCCGCCCUUGCGUGUCACCUCGACAAAUGUGCUGUCUGCAGCACCCCCACCUCCCGUGGCCAAGACAGCCAGCAUCAUGGAAGCCUUGAGCCAGCAGUCGAAGCAGCAGGCAGCUGCUCCCCAGGGCAAGCCAGCGCCUCCCCCGCUGCCCCCGCAGCCGCCCAGCAGGGGCCCGCAGAGGAAGCCUCUGGCUGGGCCUGAGAAGUCAUCAGCCUUAACCAACAAAGGGCAGUCCAGAGGACUUGGGGCUCUGCAGCCAACUGCAGCAGAGUCAUCUUCAGCCUGUGACAUUCCAGUACCACAGACAGGUUCUACAGCCAACCCCCUGGCACAGCUCCAGCCACCAGCACCCAUGCCAAGGAAAUCCCAAAUCUCCAAGACCAAACCCAAGAGGGUAAAAGCAAUCUACAACUGUGUGGCAGAUAACCCUGACGAGCUGACCUUUUCAGAGGGGGACAUCAUCGUGGUGGAUGGUGAGGAAGACCAGGAGUGGUGGAUUGGCCACCUGGACGGAGACCCCGGGCGGAAGGGAGCCUUCCCUGUCUCCUUUGUGCACUUUAUCGUCGACUGAGCUGCUGUCGCCGCUGGCCGCAGCCCUGCUCACCGCCAGCAGCACGCAGCUCAGCUUGGCUCUGUUCCAUUUCAUCUCCUUGCCACGGCACUGCCCGAGCCCUAGGUACUGUAGCUCACUUUUUUAAUUGCCAUCCUGCGGAUUCUGGGGGACUUCUAAACCUUUUUGGGGUUUUUUAUACACGUGAGACCUUCUGGCGAGCAGUUUACACUUGAAGACAACACCCAAGAGCUCUUCCUGCCCCCUCCCAAGGUGAGCUGCAAAAGCUUUUGCAGUCCAGCUCCCAUCUCGGUGUGCACAUCACCGCCUGGGCAGCGGUUCUCUUCAUCCUGUCACUGCCCUGCUCUUCUGCCCGUUGUGAGGUGCCCAUGCCACGGCUCAGCCUUGCUUCCCCAGCCAGAGGAACUCUCUGCCUCUCCCAGGGCAGUGAACUUCUCAGCUCUCCACACCCCUCGAAGCGUUGGAACCGCAACAAGCGAGCUGCUGCCUGGUUCCGAGCAGGGCUCCCUCAGCACUUUUUGCCAUCCAGGGUGUCAGGAGCUACAGAAGAAGUGAGUUCAGUUUUGGCCAGGUGGAAGCAUUUUGGCUGCCCACAGGAGCAGCUUUGCUUCCCUCCGGGGUGGAUGUAGAUAUUUGCUGCACGUUAGUCGUUGGGCUUCCUAGUUCUGCUUCCGUGGGCUUCAGCCUGUUUCCUUCCCCCCUGCUGCACGUGUGUCGAGCCUGUGUCUGGAAUGUUCUGUGUGUAGGUGACAGCCCUUUGGGUCCUGGGAUGGGACUGCUGCUGGCUACCCAAUCUGUGGCAAUACUGCUGAGCUGCUCCCUGAGCUGGAGGCCAGGAAAGCUGCACCUCCUGACGUGUGCUGAGCUAGGAUGAUGGAUUGCAGAGCAUUUCCUGCACCUCUCUCAGCAGAGGGCUCAGAUCCUGGACUCCCUCACAUCACUUAGCAAGGUGUUGACAGCGAGAAGCUGUCUGGUAGAACACUACCCCUGGUGGGGGAGGUCAGUAAGGUGCCUGCCCCCUCCCCACGACACUACAUUGGAUCACUUCUGUCUGCCACUACCCUGCUGGUUGUCUGCUCACACCUAUGGUAGCUACACUGGCAUUGAGUUUGCUUGGCCUGAUCUGUGAGCAAGGGCAAGGCCAGGGGGAGCUCCCAGCUGGUUGCUGGGAUACCAAACACCCCCACAGCACCCACCAGCAUCCUUUGGAUGCUUGGAUGCUGGGACCUGGAGCCAGGUUUGGUUCCUGGCUGCGGGGAAGCAGCUGAUGGGAUGGGCUGGGAAAAAGCAGCGUCCAGGUCCUGGUGGCUCUGGUUGUGUUUCUUGGAUCUGGAUUUAUCAAGAGACCUUUCAGUGUCUGACCAAUGCUGGAGGCGUUCAAGGCCAGGUUGGAUGAAGAUCAUUUAGUUCCAACCCCCCAUGCAAAGCCCACGGUGGGGGGUGGGGGGUUGGAACUCGAUGAUCUUCAAGGUCACUCCCAACCCAACCCUGCCUCCCACCUCCUAGCUGCUGGUGCUGCAAACAGGGAACAAACUGGACUGUUGGGAGCUAUUUUAGUUGGAAGCUGAGGCAGUGAGGUGGUUGGACUCGGUGGUCUUCUUGGGUCCCUUCCAACCCCUAACAUCCUGUGAUCCUGUGGUGUUUCCCUAAGCUCCCAGUGAGAGGCCAGCCCUAUCUGAGCACCCCGGGGUGGGGUGGUGGGGGUCGACUCCCUGAGCCAUUCGCGUUUGUGCCACUCUUUUUGUACCUUCCUAACCCCUGCUGAGGAGAGUUUGGAGGGGGCAGAUGUAUUUUGCACAGAUCUCCUGCUGUACAGUAUUUUUAACACAGAAUCUUAACUAGUUGUAAGCCACGACUCCCUCCCACGAGGAUGCAAAACCUUUCCCUCCAGCCCUUCUGCGGGAAGGGGGGAAACACAACUUGAACAGCUUCACAGCUUUGUUAGGGAGCUGCAGAAGGCAACUGCGCAGCACUCAAGGAGUGCAGGCAGAGAAGCCCCUUGAGGACCGACAACCCUCGAGGACCAACAAGGAGCAGCUAAGCAAAAAAAACCAAACAAAAAAGCAUCCCUGGAUUUUUUUUCCAUUCUUCUCCUCUGGCAGAGGGAAGCAAACAAAAUAAAUACAUAAAUUCUAGAAGCUGUAGAUAAUAUUUAUAAUAUUAAAUGAAGACUUUUAAGCCCCAAACGUUGACGUUUCCUACUUUUCAGAUCCGAUUCCAACCACACUUGAACCCCUCCCCCCACCCCUCCCCCGCCGUGAAUAGACAAACUGUCAGGUUGCUGUGUUAACUGCUGACCGAGGAGCCAGUGAGACAAGGAAAUGCAGCUUCCAGCGAGAUGUAAAAUAGUCACUUCCCUUGGGUGCGUUUUUGAGUUGCAGAGCAACUGUACAUAGUGUACAACCUCAGAUCAGCUCUUUAUUUUCCAUGUCCUGGAUGCAGUGAUUUAUAAUUAGAGCAUGAUGGAAGAGAUUGGACUCUUGUUCACCCAGCCUGAGUGUCUGGGAGGAAAACAAAAAUAAAACGACUUUUAAAAUCG